CUCAUCAAUAUGAAUUUUCCCUACAUAAUUGUGAAGCAGGGGUAUGUCUAUUGUGAAAUUGAAUAUUGGAAUUACAUUUAUCCCAAAUUUUGAACAGAUGCAGGCGUAAGUGUCACGGUCAUGAACGUAUCAACCCCCUCACCGACAGAACCUGAUGCAGACUCAAGUACCACGGUCAUGAUCGUACAAAGAAAAAAACGCGAAACUUUGCCCUUGGACAAUCAAGAUGUUCUAACAGUCCAAGAAACGUUUGAAUCGGCAAUACUCGGGAUUCCUACAACAUAUCUUGUUAACGUGACAACCAUCAACGCUCAGAAUUUGUCAAACGGCGAGAUGCAAAUGAACUUACUCAUAGGCGUUAUGUACACGUCAGAUGUAACUGUUGAAAGUUUGAUAGAACAGAUCGAAGAAGCUCUUCUAGCAGUGGAUGAAUUCAGCGUUGUUUCAGUUGAUGUAACAGAUCUGGACGCACUCUGUUCCCCCACGCCCUGCAAGAACAACGGCGAGUGCAGGGUUGACUAUAACACCUUUGAUUUCACUUGCGUCUGCGCCAGUGGAUACUCCGGGCCUCAAUGCUCUAAGUCUUCUAACGUCGUACUCCUUGCUAUCCUAGUCCCUAUCACGAUUAUCAUCCUCCUCUUCAUCAUCUUUUUCGUCGUCGUCGUCGUUUACUAUCGUGUUCGUCUCCACAAACUGGAAGGGUAUAAAAAGAGACCGUUUCAUAACGACAUGAAAGCUCGUCGAUAUAAAGAUGGCAUGCAGCAGUUGUACUUCACAGAAGAUAGGAGACACCAAAAUCAGGACCCAGAUACCUUCCAGAACAGCGCUAUGGGCCUUCGAUUCAGUAAAGAAAUCAAUGCUCGUAUGCAAGAGAGAUCUCAACAGAUGGAAAUACAAGGGCAUCACCUAUCAGCAUCUCAACAUGAUCCAACAGGUAGGCAUCGAAGUCAAACGGACCCGACGAAGAGUGGACGAAGCCUUCACGACCGACCAGUGACAGGCGACCAAGGAUUCCAGGGACAUCGCCCAAACGGUAUGUGCAGUCGGGGAAAUCCUUCCCUGAGUCACGAGACGGGCAACAGCAGCGUAGUCUACAACAAGGCGGCCAGAAGGAGUGUGGAUGAUAGGAACAUGGUUUCUUUUGGCAGAUCGAGAAACGGGAGUAUGCCGGCUGAUAUGCACAUAGCUAACGGUUUUAGCGACACACGUCUUUAA